UAGCGUGAAGCUAUAUAAGGCUGGCCGUCUCGUCUGCCGUUGUCGUAAUUCACUGGAAGCCGCACUGUCAACUCGCUCAACAUGAAGGUCGCCAUCUUCUUCGCUCUUGUAGCCUCCGCCAUCGCGGCCCCAAAAUAUGUGUUCAGCCCUUCAACCGUCGCACAAGGCCCCAUCGUCUACUCAUCCUCCGGAACUUCAAAUCCUCAAUUCUUUUCAAGCUUUGUAGCUUCCAGUGGCGUCGUCCCUACCACCUACUCAGGCUUCAAGGGUACUUAUGCCUCUUCUCCCGCCGGCACCUUCAUUGCUGGGACCGGCCCGAUACCUGGUACCCACGCUUCACCCAUCACCUACACGGUCGGUAACACUGCACCCAUCACCUACGCUGCCGGAAACUUUGCUCCUAUUCCAUACUCCGCGGGUGUCGCUCCAGUUGGUGUGUUCCCCAAGACGAUCCAACAAAACGAAGGCGCCCGCCUCGUCACCUACUGAACACUUUAAGCUGAACUGACGACGCUUUUGAAACUUGAAACCACAGAAAUAUGAAAAUUCCAUUAGACAUUUUCUUAAACACAAUCAGAGCUUCUAUAAGUUUGGUUAUUUUUGAAAAUUCAAUAUAAUAAAUCAGUUUUGUU